AUGAAUGGAGACCUGCAGAGGCUGCAGGGGAGUGAGACCCCACCCUCGGCGUGGGAGGACGACGAAGACUGGCUUUCCACUCACAGUCUAAAGUUUAGGAAACUCACCGUGACUGACCUCCUCAGGCAGGGCCUGGCUCUGCGGGAGGACGACGGAUGUGGUGGCAUGAAGAAAAUACACUUCUCCACCCGGAUUCUCUACCAAUUCGAAUCAAAGCUCAAUGAAGCGAUUCAUCUCUACCAACAGAGAAUUCGGUGGCUCUCCGAACAAAGCAAGAAGGUGUUUGGCCUCAUUCACGGAGAGAGGGUCGGCAUCCUCAUCCACAUGUCGGUGUUCCGCAGCAGCUCUCAGAAGAAGGAGUUCCUCGAAGACCUGGAGAGCCUCAUCCUGGAGCAGCUGAGCCGGAAGGAGGCGCUAUACAUCCUGGCAUUUGGCUCCACCAGCAGCAGCCUCUGGCCAGGCCCUGUGGAAGUCAGCGCCUCCACGCUCCAGGAACUGAAGCUCUGGGUGCAGACCCUGCAGCCCGAACGGGGGAGCAACCUCCUGCAGGCCCUGCGGAAGACCCUCGCUGUGAGAGGGCUGGAUUCUCUGGUGACCAUCAUGGGGAGCUGCCCGGACCAGUCUUCGGAAAUCCUAUCUGAUUACGUCCAGCAGUUGGUGCUGGGCCGGUGUGUCUUCAUCCAUAUUGUCACCUACAAAUGUGAUGACCAGGUGCCCCCCGCUGUGCUGAAGAACCUCGCUGAGGGCCUCAGGGCCCGCUACCACUGCUACAGCCCCGAGCAGAUCAAUACCAAUCAGGAUGUGGAGUCGCUGCAGAAAGAAAUCCAGGCGGCCCAUGGCCUCCUGGAACACAUCCAGGCCCUGUACCACAGCAGCCCCGGGGAGGAGCUCACCAACAUGAUGAACGAGAUUGCAAAUGGGCCAUUGACAAAUUCCUUGCCUAAGCCCCCAAGGCAUGAGGACCCUCUCACAAUUGAGUUCCCGAAUUUGGACAAAAAUUCCACAGAAUGGCUAAAAACAUACGGUCUCAAAGCCAAGAAGUUAAGCCUUUAUCAGGUGCUGGCCCCCAAUGCAUUCUCCCCCGUGGAGGAGUUUGUGCCUAUUCUCAAGAAAACGGUGUCAUCGACUAUCCAUGAGAAGGCAAUGGUACAAUUCGAGUGGCACGAUGGGACAAUGAAGAAUCUUCAUGUGGAUAUACCCUUCCUCUAUGAGUACCAGAAACAGCUCAACAGAAUUGUGCGGCUCUACGAGAGGCGGAUCGAGUGGCUGUCCCUGGCCAGCAGAAGAAUCUGGGGCACCGUCUGUGAGAAAAGGGUGGUUAUACUGCUCGAUAUCUCUGAGACCAAUUCCAUAUACAUUAUUCACAUCCAGCACUCCCUGCGGCUUCUGCUGGAGGAGCAGCUCUCCAACAAAGACUGCUUCAACGUCAUCGCGUUCGGAAGCACAGUUGAGAGCUGGAGGCCAGAGAUGGUUCCUGUGAACCACAAAAACCUACAAAGCGCCUGGCGGUGGGCCCUGGGCCUGCGCUGUGAGGGCAGCAGGAAUGUCCUCGGUGCCCUGCGGAAGGCUCUGGAAGUGGACUUCAAGGACAAAGGCAGAUACGAGUCCCAGGGCAUCUACCUCUUCACGGGGGGCAUCCCCGACCAGGACAUGACCUUGCUCAGCGCCUACAUGGCCCAGACCUGUGGGGGCUGCGACCUCCAGCUGAACGUGAGCCUCUUCUACGUGGGGGAGCCCCAGCUGGACACCACCCCCCCUGCCUGCUACGCCAGUCGCAUGGACACAGCAGCUGCCUACCGGGAGGCCACCCAGGCCGUGGGGGGUCGCUUCCACUGGUUUGGAGACACCGGCAUUUUUGAAAGUGAUGACAUCGACAUCAUCACGUCGGAGAUGGAAAAGGCUCUCAACUACUCCCAAAAGUGCGCCUUGCUCGUCUCCUCUUUGAAGAACCAGUCCGGGAAAACAGUGGAGAAGGCAGCCUCACACAAGGAGAAGCCAAAGAUGCCCAAGCACAAGAGUCACACCAGGAAGGGCGGUGCUGCCAAGGCCACCAUCCCCUCGGGGGGCAGAACGAACAUUCAAGACAGCCCUGACAGAAGGAAAAGCCCCCCCUGGAAAACCUUGAUAUGGUGCCCACACAACAAAGCAGGUGCCCCUCCAGCAACUGUCCGGGUGGGGCCUGAAAGGCCUGCGGAGCGGAGGAAGAAGAGCCAAUCAAGGGCAGCAGAGACCUCGCUCUUACUGUUUUACACAGAGCUGGGGAACAGCGUGGGCGCGGUGUAUAAGAAGUACCCUCUGGGAAGGAGCAUCAGAAGAUCAAGGUCCAUGUCUUCCCUCAACUUGCCCAAAAGAGAUACAGUCUGCUCGAGCCGAGAGUGGCUAGCAAAUUAUGGGCUCAAGAAACUGAGGAUGGAGAUCUCCAAACACAUCGGUCCCAACUGCACUCAUCAAAAUACCACACAAAGUUCAGCAUCGGCCAAACACUGCAGUAUCCUGCCCAGCAUAAAAAUCAAUGGCACAGUGAAGCACAGCCGCUGCACGCUCAGGGAGAUGGAAGCGUACAUCGCCUGCCUGGAGAAGCUGACCAGGCGCUACGUCCAGCGGCUGCAGUGGCUGCUGUCCGGGAGUCGCCGGAUGUUUGGCGCCAUCCUGGAGAAUAGAGUGUGCAUCCUGCUGGACACGUCAGGCUCCAUGGACCCGCACCUGCAGCAGGUGAAGACAGAGCUCGUCCUGCUCAUCUGGGAGCAGCUGCGCACGCACUGUGACAGUUUUAAUCUGCUCAGCUUCGCGGAUGACCUCCAGCUGUGGCAGGAGACGCUGGUGAAGACCACAGAAGCCGCCUGCCGUGAGGCUAUGCAGUGGGUGGCCCACCUGAGUGCUCAGGGGAGCACCUCCAUCCUGGAAGCUUUACUGGCAACUUUCAGCCUCCAGGACGUGCAGGCCUUGUACCUCCUGACAGAUGGGAAGCCCGACACCAGCUGCAGCCUGGUCCUCAGGACAGUCCAAAGACUCAAGGAGGAAAGAGACAUCAAAGUCCACACCAUCUCCCUCAACUGCUCUGCCAGGGAAGAGAUGAAGUUCCUGAGAAGCCUAGCCGCCCUCACCGGGGGGCGCUACCACUGCCCUGUGAAUGAGAAGUCGGUCCUCCAAAUCCACGGCCUGCUCACCAGGGGCUUCAUGGAGGAAGGGGAUCCCACGUUGCCACAGUUUGAAGGGGAUGAUUUAAGGAGUCUAGCCCAGGAGAUCACCAAGGCCAGAAACUUCCUCCGACAGGCCCAGUCGCUCAGGUCUCAACUCCAGAAGAAAACACUAGAAGAACCAAAGGCCACUUUGGCUUAGAGAAAUGAUCUCAGGGAAGCGGAGGACACGGAGGCCCCAUCUUCUUAGUCCCCCA